AUGGCCGCCUUUGCCAAUGAGGGCGCAGUCCUUGUGGCUCUCAAGUAUCUGUAUCCAGCUGCUGUCUUUCUCUACUAUCUCGCCUCGUCUCUCCUGGCUACAUGCACUCUGCAAGCUCUCAAGAAGACUCAGAAUGCCCGGCCGGAGCGUCCUGGUCGGAAGGCCGUCGUUUGCAUACUCGGACUUUUCCUGGCUACAUACGUCGUUCAAUUGACUAUUCUCGGCAUACAAUCCAUCCUCGAAAAAGCUGUUCCCCUCGAGCAUCAGGUUAUCAACUUUCUGUCAUGCACUCUUGUCUUCGGCAUCCUCUUCAUUCAGCUUCGUGAAUCCGACACCAUUGUAUGGUAUCCUUUCCGUGGUUCAUGGCUUGUUUCGCUCCUUACUCUAACGGUAUGGACUUGUCUCGGAAUAUGGACGAAAGCCAGACCCCCGGCGACGGAUCAGGAAAGACAGUCACUUUUGCCAAAGCCUGAUGGAAACGAGGCCGGCACCCAAGGAACUGCUGGAAGUUCUGGCAAUAGUCCCACUUAUGGAUCAACAGCACAAAGCGACAAUGCGUCCGACCCAGAGUUUAGCUGGGAAAGAAGACAAAGAGAAGCCCGUGAAAGCAUGGAGAAGAGGCUUGAAGAAGUCGGAAACUGGUGGGAAUACGCCAAAGGCUUCGCGAUUCUAUUCCCCUACAUUUGGCCAGUUGGAAACCCCACACUGCAGUUGCGAGCGGCAGCCGUCAUGCUCUGCCUUCUAAUUUCGAAUGCGCUGCAUCUUCUUAUACCCCGCCAAACCGGCAUCAUCAUGGACAACCUUGGUGAUUCAUCUGGCAGUCCCUGGGCGGCCGUCCUGGGUUUCGCGUUACUCCGACUGGCAGCUUCCGAGUCUGGAAUCGAGCUUGUCCGCCAGUGGCUGUGGAUUCCUGUCAAAUACUAUUCUCAGGAUGCCUUGACUCGCGCGUCGUUUUCUCAUAUGAUGAACCUAUCGGCCGACUUCCACGACUCUAAGAGCUCGUCAGACAUGAUGAUGGCCAUCCAAGCAGGCCAUGCUGUCUCAAACGCAAUCGAGAAUGUUCUUCUCGCUGCCGUCCCAUCGCUGGUUGACAUGUGCGUCGCCAUCGUCUACCUUUCCAUCACUUUCGGCCCGUACGAAGGCCUCAUUACCGUGGCUACUGGAACCGUCUACAUCAUGCUUGCAACGCGCCUUGUCGCCGAAUCCAAGUCAGCCAGCCGCAAACGCGUCAACGCCAUAUAUCAAGAGCAUCACAUUCGGCACGCUGGCCUGGUUGGAUGGCAAACUGUCAGCACUUUCAACCAGAUUGGCUUUGAGGACAACAGGCAUGCCAACGCAGUGACGAACCGAUGGCUUAAGGAGCAGCAGUAUGUGAUGAAUUGGUUUGUUUCCAUUGCCUUCCAGACGAUUGUUCUCACUGCAGGCCUCAUGGCAAGUGCUUUCCUCGCUGUUUACCGUAUUCGCAAUGAACAGGCGACACCGGGACAAUUUGCGAUGCUUCUUAUGUAUUGGGCUCAGCUCACUUCACCGCUACAAUUCUUCGCCAAGCUGGGCAAGGGCAUGAGUGAUAACUUCAUUGAUGCGGAACGUCUUUUGGCCAUCAUGAAGACCAAGUCUACGGUUCAGAACAAGAAGAACGCACGGCCACUCAAGUUUGCAUCUGGAGAGGUUGUGUUUGAGGAUGUCUGCUUCAGCUAUGAUAAGCAGAAGAAUAUCCUCAAUGGCGUCAGCUUGCAGGUCCCGGGGGGGCUCACGGUGGCCUUUGUAGGGGCAACUGGAGCAGGUAAAUCGACUCUGCUCAAACUCCUGACCAGGUUCUACGAUGUCACAGGGGGCAGUAUCCGGAUUGACGGUGAAGAUAUUCGCGAUGUUGAUCUCUUCAGUCUGCGCGAUCGUGUGGGAAUUGUCCCCCAGAAUCCCAUUCUGUUUGAUGACACCAUCAUGAACAACGUGCGCUAUGGGAAGAUCACGGCAAGCGAUGAAGAAGUUUUUGAAGCGUGCAAGGCUGCCAGCAUUCAUGAUAAGAUCUUGAGUUUUACGAAUGGCUACGAAACACGGGUUGGCGAACGAGGAGUGAAACUGUCAGGAGGGGAGCUUCAGCGUGUGGCGAUUGCCCGGGCCAUCUUGAAGCAGCCUGACAUUGUGCUUUUAGAUGAGGCUACAAGCGCGGUUGACACAGAUACCGAGCAACAGAUUCAGCGGUCUUUCAACAAGCUUUGUCAGGGUCGCACCACCUUCAUUGUGGCUCACCGGCUCUCGACCAUCAUGAAUGCAGACCGUAUUGUUGUCGUUGAGAAUGGUAAGAUCAUCGAGCAGGGUACUCACGAUGAGCUCAUCAAUACCAAUGGGCGAUACGCGGAUCUAUGGUCAAAGCAAGUCUUUCUAAAGCCGAAGGACGACGACUCUGCGAAGGUGUCGGAUGAUGGGAAGACCCUUGCCAACGACUCCUGCUCCGAGAGAACGUCCACUGAGCCGAGCGAGCCGCAAGAUGGAAGCACACACUCCAGAGUGGCCCAAGAAGGUGAUGGGAAGGCCGUGCAAGAAAGCAAUGGCAAGGCGACGCAAGAGAGCGAUGGGUCCCGAUUGAAUCCAGUGGCCCCUGAAUUCACCCCUCGGUCAAUGGCAGCAACCGCGACGAAUACCUCUACCAAAUCGACCUCUGCGGCAUAUCCGAUUGUCUCUUCGACUAUUGGCAAGACUGGGACUUAG